AUGCUGCUGCUUCUCUUCAGUCCUCUCUUCCUUCUUCUUCUUCACUCGAUGUCGCACGCGACGAAAGACGGGUGAAGUGCGGCAGAAGAUAACGACACAGUUCUCUACUUCUCGCCUCGCGCCGAGAGCUCGACAUUUUCCUCCCUCCCUCCUGCUGCUCCGGGAGCUUCGAGGCGCGCCGGCUCGGCUCGGCCCGGCUCGGCCCGGCCGCUGAGGAUGCUGGCCUCCCGGCGAGCCUCGCCGCGGUUCUGCUGCUCUCGCCGCGCCGCCUCCUCCGCCGCCGCCGGAUCCUCCUUCGAUUAACCCCCCCUGGGCGGAGCUCGUGGUGCCGCUUCUUGCCGUUGCCGCCGUUGCCGUCGCGGCUGCUGCUGCUGCUGCUGCUCGGCGCGCGAUCUCGGCCGCUGGUGGAAUCCUCGCAGAUCUGGCGCCGUCGGUGAUGUCGGUGCUCCAGCGGUUCUUCGCCGGAGGAAAAAGGAUUGAUGUGCAACGGUUGUUGCUGAAACUGAUCGUCAUCUCCUGUCAUGUUAUUUUCAUCAUAUCUGCUGAUUCAAACUACAAUUCUGUUCAAGCAUCACCAAUAUCUCCGAGUGCGACCGUGAGCACUCCUGCUAUUCCUGAUCUUUCCCCUCCAAAGAAGUUACCACACAGACAAUGGCGGAGACAUAUCUCUCCUCAGGCUGCACCUGUACUUGUUUUGUCGCCAGAUCAUUCACCUCAUUAUGACCCCUUGAUAACUUCUGGUCACCCCCCAACAAGUUCACGCUUGUCCAAGCCAUCAAUGAAGAGGAGCAGCUUGGUGCCUCCAAGUGCCAGCCUGGCUGAUAUUGCCCCAACUCAAUCCAGUCCUGCUACAGUUCCAGCCACAUUGGCUGAGCCACCGCUGUCGCAUAAUGUCUCAAAUUGUUGCCAACCCAACAUGGUGCUAAAACGGGGCAGCGAAGGUUGCCAUUGUGUUUAUCCCAUAAAGCUUGACCUUCUGCUGCUAAAUGUAUCUCAAAAUCCUGAUGGGAAUGUUUUUCUCCAAGAAUUUGCUUCUCAGCUGGGCUUGCAAGUUUCUCAAAUACAGUUGAUAAAUUUUUAUAUGCUCAGCUUUACAAGAUUAAAUAUAUCAAUGGAUAUUACUCCGCAAACGGGAUUGAGUUUCUCAGCUAGUGAUGUAUAUGCAAUCAACUCUUCCCUCUCUUUACAUCGGGUUCGUCUAAGCCCUGCGCUGGUGGGUGAUUAUGAACUUUUGAACAUCACUUGGUUCAAGGCACCUCCAUCUUCUGAAGCUCCCAUUGUUGCGACAACACAGCCAGUGGCACAACCUCAUCAACCAACUGCUACACCAUCUAACCCUUCGGAUGGGGCAAAGCAUUCAAGUGUGGUCCUUAUAAUCUGCAUUGGUGCGGGCAUUGCAAUGGUGAUUGUUAUAAUGGGGCUUAUAAUAUGUGCAUGCACUUCCAGAAGGGGAAAGUCUGAGGCAUCUAAGGAAAUCAGUCCAACGGAUAUUGUUAAGCCGAGGACUCCAGAUUCACUUCCAGUUGUAGGUUCUCUUCCCCACCCAUCAAGUACACGUGUUCUUGCAUAUGAAGAACUCAAAAAAGCAACUGACAACUUUGCGCAGGAGAGCAUACUUGGAGAGGGUGGGUUUGGCAGGGUUUUCAAAGGUGUCUUAAGUGAUGGUACUGCUGUAGCAAUCAAGAGACUCACUAGUGGAGGUCAACAAGGUGAUAAAGAGUUUUUGGUUGAGGUUGAAAUGCUGAGCAGGUUGCAUCACCGUAAUCUUGUGAAACUUGUGGGUUACUAUAGCAGUCCCGAAUCUUCACAAAAUUUGCUCUGUUAUGAGCUUGUACCAAAUGGGAGUUUAGAGGCCUGGCUUCAUGGUCCUCUUGGAGUGAACUGUCCUUUGGACUGGGAUACCAGAAUGAAGAUUGCUCUUGAUGCCGCCAGAGGACUUGCAUACCUACAUGAGGACUCACAGCCUUGUGUGAUCCACCGAGAUUUCAAGGCAUCCAAUAUAUUGCUUGAGAACAACUUUCAUGCAAAAGUUGCAGAUUUUGGCCUGGCCAAACAGGCACCUGAAGGAAGGACAAAUUAUUUGUCAACUCGUGUGAUGGGCACAUUUGGGUACGUGGCCCCGGAGUAUGCAAUGACGGGACAUCUACUUGUGAAGAGUGAUGUUUAUAGCUAUGGAGUGGUCCUACUUGAGUUAUUGACUGGAAGGAAGCCUGUAGACAUGGCACAGCCAUCUGGACAGGAGAAUCUUGUCACUUGGGCGAGGCCAAUUCUUAGAGACAAGGACCGGCUGGAAGAACUUGCUGAUCCUAGGCUUGGUGGUAACUACCCAAAGGAAGAUUUUGUGCGGGUUUGCACAAUUGCAGCUGCAUGCGUUGCUCCUGAGGCAAGUCAACGGCCUACUAUGGGUGAAGUGGUACAAUCGCUUAAAAUGGUGCAGCGUGCCACCGAAUAUCAGGACACAAUGCUAAAUUCCACCAAUGCCAGACCCAACCUUAGGCAGUCAUCUACAACCUUUGAAUCAGAUGGGACAUCAUCGAUGUUCUCAUCUGGUCCUUACUCUGGUUUAAGUACUUUCGACAACGACAACCUCUCUAGAACUGCAGUCUAUUCUGAAGAUCUUCAUGAAGGAAGAUGAAAAGAAUAUCCAGUAGCCAGUCUAUCUUACACUAUUUUGACUGCCCAAGAUAACCAGAAAAUUACCCAGCUGGUACAGCACCUAUGACCUGGAGAAUUCUUCUCUUCCGAUUUUGAAUUUUUUUUUCUUUUGUUAUUUGGGCGAGAUGGGGGAAGAACCGGACUGGAAGAGAGUGCUGUUUGUUAUCCCUUGUUGAGAACAGCCACUGUCAAGUGUUCCUUCCUCUAGAGUGGCUGUUCUCAACUUGGGUGAAAUUUUGUAUAUAUCUUUUUAGCUUAUUUUCUUGCAGUUUUUAGGGUUUCUUUUAUGUUUUCCUUCUUUCUCCGGCUUGUCUUUCAAGCACCUCCGUUUGUUUGCAUAGCUCAUAGCUGGUAGUCUCUGCUUCCCGAUUAGCUGGAUCCUGUUAGGUUACUCUCUUGAUGGUGAUGAGUGAUUGUAUUUGAGUCAGAAACAUGUCUGGGCCGAGAUUGAAUCGUUUUCUUUUCGCC